GCAGAAAGGACUGUCUCAUCGACGGCACCAUUAACUCAGUCUUCAGAAUGAGCUCAAAAAAGUAUCUCCCAAAAUAUGCCCUCUGCUUGAUUUUGUACAUUUCAAUUUGCCUUUUGGUGCUUCUCAUCAAGAUUAAUCAGUCGUAUAGCGAAAGAUCAGUGAACCACGAGCCGAGCCAUUUGAGUUUUCCAGUGACGUUGAGUGCCAUUUCGAUAGAAUCGACGUAUGAUACAUCAAUCGAUACGCAGGUAAUUGAAUCGUCCCUCCAGCGUAUUGCCAGUGUUUGUGAGAAAUAUAAUAAAACACCCAGUUUGGAGAGGAAACAUUUUUUUCAUGCUCCAUCGCACAAUGCGCUAUUCUGCUGGAUUCGAAAAGUUGCAUCAACGAGCUUCACUAAAAUGUUUGCGGAACUUCGGGGAAUGCAGAUCCACAGGGAUUAUUACAAGAGAAGUGAGUCAUUAUCCCCCGAGACUGUAGAAGAGUUACUAAACUUGAUAGACGACAUGGAAAUAUUUAAAUUCCUAGCCGUCCGUCAUCCUUUCGAGCGGCUGGUGUCCUCCUACAGGAGUAGAAUCGAGGAUAACUCCAAGUAUAGCGCCCAGGCCUGGAUGUUUGCCCCGCAAAUAUUCUCCGUAACCCGCCCUGAGCUUUUCCAUUUCAACGAAACAAUUCAAAGUCCAAUGCAGCGAAUAUUCCAUAACAAUAGAAGAUUGAAAAUUGUCCCAACAUUCGAGGAGUUCGUGCGAUGGCUGCUGAAACAAUCGGACGAGAAUGAAGACGAGCACUGGAGUCCAUAUCACUCUCACUGUUCAAUAUGUCAAAUGCAUUUCGAUUAUGUUCUGAAACUUGAUGAUGCAUCGAUUCAAGAAUUUCACAGUAUUUUUAGGAAACUCAAUCCCACAGGGAAGAGAGAAAACUUGAUGAAACUGGGGCAAACGCGUGGGGGUUCGACGAAUUUUAAACGUACUUGCAAUUAUUUAUCGACACUGACUGUGGAUACAAUAGAGAAAUUGUACGAGCGCUAUAGGUUCGACUUUGACAUGUUUGAUUACAGCCUGCGUACAUACGAGGCGUGCAAGAGACUCUAGACUUGUUGUUAUUCCGAAAAAAUAAUGGCUUUCCUUUCGCAAUUUCGUUUUUUCAUCUCGUUAUUCUCGGCGCUGGGUAAUAUUUCAUGAAAUAAAGAUAAAAAUAUUUUAAAUAA